UCUAUAACAGUAUAAGGUCUCUCGCAUCUUCGUCCUCUUCGUUACUUUCUCUAACCUCCGUCUCUCGUAUUGGUGUGUGUGUGAGCUUAUUGGAUUAUCUUCUCCGGCCAAAAAGGAAACGACUUUUAGCGGUGAGAGACUGAUUAUACGAUAUGAUCGCUCUGUUUCGGAAUCGUUGAGUGAUGUUGCUAGAUCCGCACGAUCGUUUCCCAUCAAAGACAAGGCGCAAAAAAUGCCCCCCCUUCUGAAAACCUUUCCUUUUUCCGUUCUCGGCGAAUCUAAUCUUUCUUUCCUUUUUUAGAAAGUUUUGGUCUUUCCUAAUCCUGGAGAUACGUUACAGUCUCCGUUUGUAAAUAUCAAUCGAAAGUUUGUUCCUUUUUGUUCUGGGUCUGUGUCAAAGAAGCUGGCGAAGAUGAAUCUUAGUACGGCCGAGGAAGAAUCAUCGGCCCAAGAGAUUCACAUCCCUGCGGAUAUCAACUGGGAGAUGCUGGACAAGUCAAAGUUCUUCGUUUUGGGAGCUGCUCUGUUCUCAGGUGUCUCUGGAGCUCUAUACCCUGCGGUUUUGAUGAAAACACGGCAGCAGGUGUGUCACCACUCUCAAGGCUCUUGCAUCAGAGGUGCGUUUACUCUUGUCAGACACGAAGGUUUGAGGGGGUUGUACAGAGGGUUCGGCACUUCUCUGAUGGGAACUAUCCCUGCGAGGGCCUUGUACAUGACGGCUCUGGAGGUUACCAAGAGUAGCGUAGGCUCUGCUGCUGUUGGGUUAGGGUUUACUGACGCUAAGGCCUCUGCUGCUGCUAAUGCGGUUGGUGGGUUGACGGCUGCGAUGGCUGCUCAGCUUGUUUGGACUCCUGUUGAUGUUGUGAGCCAGAGGCUUAUGGUACAAGGAAGCAGCGGGCUUAGGUGUUGUGAUUAUGUUAACGGGUUCGAUGCGUUUAGGAAGAUUGUUCGAGCUGAUGGAGUGAGAGGGUUAUACAGAGGGUUUGGGAUAUCGAUUCUGACUUAUGCGCCGUCUAACGCGGUUUGGUGGGCGUCUUACUCUGUUGCGCAGAGGAUGGUUUGGGGUGGUGUUGGGUGUUAUGUUUGUAAGAAGGACGGAGAGAAUGGGAACGCGAUGAAACCGGACUCUAAGACGGUGAUGGCUGUUCAGGGGGUUAGUGCUGCGAUUGCUGGGAGUGUUUCUGCUUUGAUUACGAUGCCGCUGGACACAAUCAAGACGAGGCUGCAGGUUCUUGAUGGGGAAGAUAGUAGUAGUAGUAGCAAUAACAAUGGGAAGCGUGGACCGAGUAUUGGACAGACGGUGAGAAACUUGGUAAGGGAAGGUGGAUGGACAGCUUGUUACAGAGGGUUGGGACCAAGAUGUGCUUCAAUGUCAAUGUCUGCAACAACUAUGAUCACUACCUACGAGUUCUUGAAACGGCUUUCGGCUAAGAACCAUGACGGGUUUUACUCUAAAUCAUAGUGUUAACAGCUCUGAGAACCACAUAGAGAAAUGUUAUUUAUAAUUUCUUGUUCUUGUUCUUGUUCUUGUCUAGCUGUUCUGCUUUCUCUUUUGUUUCCAGUCAUAUUGUAAGGAAUGUGUUAAAAUUCAGUUGUUUCUAAAUAAAGAAAUGUUUAUUACCA